GAUCCAAUGCGAGGGCCACGAAAACUAGAGGUUAUGGAGAUCAAAUCUAGACAAAUCACCAUUUGCUGGGAACCAUUUGGAUAUAAUGUCACACGUUGCCAUCGAUACAACCUCACAGUCCAUUACCGUUACCAGGCUGGAGGACAAGAGCAAGUGAGAGAAGAAGUAAGCUGGGAUACAGAAAGUUCACAUCCCCAGCACACAAUUACUAAUCUCUCACCAUACACAAAUGUCAGCAUCAAAUUAGUGCUAAUGAAUCCUGAAGGACGAAAAGAAAGCCAGGAACUUGUAGUACAAACUGAUGAAGAUGUGCCAAGUGCUGUGCCACUUGAAUCCAUUCAAGGGAGCACCUUUGAAGAGAAGAUUUUUCUUCAGUGGAGAGAGCCAGCGCAAACAUAUGGUGUAAUUACUCUGUAUGAGAUCACCUACAAAGCAGUCAGUUCCUUUGACCCAGAAAUAGAUUUGUCCAAUCAAAGUGGACGAGUCUCAAAGCUGGGAAAUGAAACGCACUAUCUCUUUUUUGGACUGUAUCCUGGCACUACCUACUCUUUCACCAUUAGAGCCAGCACAGCUAAGGGCUUUGGACCUCCAAUCACAAAUCAGUUCACCACUAAAAUAUCAGCACCCUCUAUGCCACCAUAUGAACUUGAAACACCUUUGAAUCAAACUGACAGUACUGUGACAGUCUUGCUGAAACCUGCACAGAGUAGAGGCGCUCCUGUCAGGUACUGGUGGAAAAAUCUUUUUAAAAUUAAAACCAAAUUGAUUAAUUUCUUGAACAUGUUUUCUGG